CUUAAAAAAACAUGGUCUUCUUCUCGUCACUCUCCUCUCUCUCCCCUCUCACACUAGUCAUCGUUAAGUUAAUCGAAACUUCAAUCGCUCCAGUCAUGGUUCUUUUGAAUCGAAGCUUCAAUCGACACUCAAAUAUGUUCAGUAGAUUGCAAUCGAUCGGAUCAUUUACAUCACACCUAUGAACCCAAUAAUUGAUCUCCAACAAAUCACCCUAAUCUCGCAUUGAUUAUUGAUUCCCCCAAAUCAGACCUCUUAUAUCUUCUUGUUUCGAUUUCUCUGUUGCCAAGAAAUCUUUCAAUCUGAGGUUCGUAUCGAGUUUGUGUAAUGAAAUCGAGCUUGCUGAGCGUUCUAUUUCUCUUCUUCAGGUGUGUUGAUUUGGUGUUUCCCUCUGAUAGUCCUUUGAUUUGGUUCCCUCUUAUAGUCCUAUGAUUUGGUGUUUCUAUGUGUUAUAGAAGUAAGUAUAUGUUAAAGAGAUUGAUGAAACAUACACUAUGCAGGUAACUUAUGUAGGCAACUUACAAAUCAUAGAAGCUUUCAGAAAUACUCUGGAUGUAUUGGCAAGUAAAGGUCCACUCAUGGAAGGCAAUGCGAUGGAUAGGGUAGUCUUCUUUUGCUUCUCACUCAGUGAAUACAAAAGGAUCCCUUCAAGACCAUUUGCAUUAAGACUUUUUACCAUUUACCCAAUGUACAAUACUUUUGCCCUCAAGUGAUGUGCUUCAAACAAGGAGGUAUGAAGCAAACCUGAUGACAUUCUUGCUAUAUGAUCCAUAUCUUAAGACACUGUAUUGGCGUAUUGCAUCUGCAUCUACUCUAGCAACCAUGUUGGAGGGGC